UAGGAGACACUACAAACGUCAGGCUCUGACCUGAAGGGGAGCUUGAGCAAGUGAACAAGACAGAGACAGCAUGAGAAAAGAGACUGACUGAAGCAGAGAAAACAGAGGGAGGGAGGGAUUGUUUUUUUUUUUUACUCCUUUGCUACUUGCUGCUUGUACAACCGAAGCCCAUUUUCCUGCAGACCAGAGACAUAGAAGAAUGACUCCUUGUCUAAUUCAUCAAGGGGCAGACACGGGCAACUACCAUACAAAGAAAAAGAAUAAAAGCAAAUAAAUCUUCCUUGAGUGCCUUUUCAAGAGGACAGCUCCUCCCCCAUAAAACUUUGUGGUUGUGAGAUCUAUCUUGAACUAUUGAAAUAUUUGGUCUGGAAUGUCGUUAAAGGAAAGGGUGGUCCCAUCAGAUGUUCAUCAAAGAAAUCUGCAGCACAGAAACAGACUGAUGGCUUGAAUAUGUCUGGAAUUUGAACGGAGACAUGUAGCAAACAAGUUACUUUGAAAAAGCAGCCCUUCUGGGUUUUUUAUUAGCAUCAACCAGAGUUGUCCAGUGGUAGUGCCUUAAUCCUUUCUCAAUGCCUCUUUUCUCCACCCACAAAAACAAUAACAGAGGCUUGCCAGCAGAGAUCUAUUAAGGGUACCAGUUCUCCUGCUUUGGAUUCUCUAUUAAAUGGCAACUACAAGUUGUCACUUCAUUGACUGCAAAUUUGGGAGUUCCAUAUCUUUAUUUUACCCAAGAUACAAUGUCAAGGCAAGAUUUAGGAGUAGCAUUCCUUUGGAUUUUCCAAACACAAUGUGAGAAAACUGCAUCCCCAGAUGUCAGAUCUGCAUCCAUAAAGCAAUCUCCACUAAGGCGUAAGCAGUGACAUGUUUCAUGGAUGUGCCAUCUUAAUUUCCAGGAAGAAAUCUACAUAUUUCAUCUAAAGGACACAUCUCCAGGAAUGUCUCAUGUGGCUUGGCCUCUGAUAUCCCCAGUGGUGGAACAAAUCUUUGACUUCCCUGGGCUAAGUCCAUCUACUCAAAACACCAUGGCAGUCAACAGCUAUAGAGCAGUAACUCAACGGCCUCAUAUUUGUUUGCAGAACUCUUUUCAUCAGAUUCUACUUGCCUGGGGUAUCAAAAUGACUUUUGGGGUGCCUUUGUUACCCUUUCUUUUUCUGCUGUUCUCUGCCCCCUUAGCUAAAGGCUGCCCAGUUCUCUGCAGCUGCUGGGAUAGAGUAGUAGACUGUAGUGGUAAGCACUUGUUCUCUGUUCCACUGGGCUUGCCAUUAGAUAUCCAUAAUUUGACACUUGCCCAUAACCGGCUGACAUCCAUACCAUCUGGUUACCUCUCCUGUCACAUGGAGCUCCGCUUCCUGGACCUGAGGAAUAACUCCCUCUCUAGCCUGCCUGACGGACUGUUCCUUAAUCUGAAAAAGUUGGUGUUGCUAGACCUCAGCCACAAUAAUCUCACACAGGUGACUGCUGCUAUGAUGCAGCCAGCCCACAGCCUAGUUCGCAUCAAUCUUAGUCACAACUAUCACCUGACGAGGAUUCACAGUUCCACACUCCGAGGAAUGAUGCAGCUUCAGGACCUGGACUUACGCUUCAGUGGCUUCUCCUCUCUGAGCUAUGAGGUCCUGGAGGGCUUACCAUCUCUUAUCUCACUGCAACUGUCUGGAAACCCUUGGGUCUGUGGUUGUGCCAUGGAACCCCUACUGAAGUGGUUGCGAAACAGCAUCAAAGGAUGCAUCAUUGGUUCUCAGGAAGCUGAAUGUGCUGCACCUCCUGAGGUCAAAGGGGUCCCCCUGAUGUCAUUGACAGAGGAGAGCUUCAAGGCUUGCCAAUUUUCACUUACACUUGAUGACUAUCUUUUCAUUGCCUUUGUGGGUUUUGUGGUCUCCAUUGCCUCUGUGGCAACUAACUUUCUACUUGGUAUCACUGCCAACUGCUGCCACCGCUGGAGUAAAGCAAGUGAGGAGGAGGAAAUUUAAUUAUUUUUUCAACCACCUACCACUGUUUCCAAUUCAAGACAAGAAAUAUAUCAGAACAGAAUCAACUAAAACAUAAUGCCCUCUCCUCAUUUUUUAUUUAUUUUUUUUUGUAUGGGAGUUAUCUGAAUUAAAAUACAAAAUAUGUAAACACAAUUGGCUAGAACAUAUCACUUUGCCGUGCAUUAAAAAUGUAUGAUGCACAUUCAA